GCUGUGAAAGGAUAGAGAGGUACCUGAUGAGGGAGGGUCGUCCGCUGGUGCUGCUGACGCUGGUGCUCGUGAGGACCGCUGGAGGACUCCUACAGGAGACUCACAGCCACCCUCCGACGCUCGUCUCCCAGGACCUGGACAUGGACCCCGGGAAGGCAGAUUUGUUCGAAGGGGACAUCAUCGUAGAUCGAGUAUCCAGUAGAGACCCAACAUUUUUGCAGGACUUAAGAAGAACCUCGCUUCGACAUCGGAGGAAAGGCAACUGGAGGAGACAUGCCCGAAGGCGGAAAGGACGUGCAGCUACAGCCAGAACUGAUCGAUUGUGGCCCCAUGCAGUCAUACCUUACGAGAUUGAGGCUAACUUUAGCGGUAAGUAUCGUUGA